AACAAUGAAUCUGUUGCAUGCACCAAAUAAAUGUUUUUGAGCUAAUUUCCUUAUGGGUUUCAAGAUCAGUUGCUUUAUUUGUUAAUAAUUUUACAUAUCAUAUGUAGAGCCUAAAAUAGAUAAAUCAAAUAUGGGUGAGAAGUUCUAGGAUGCACCAACAACAAUAGUUCACAAAUUCUCAAACAGAGCAAAUGGCAAAACCCAGAAAGCUAUUGUUCAGUUUCAGCUCUAUACUAAUGGCUUCCUUAUUUGCUCUCUCUGCGUCUCUUCAAUUCAAUGACCCAGAUUGGUAUUUUUGGAUUCCUCUGUAUGCCUCUGCUUGUGCUGUGAAUCUAGUCAACGGGGUGUCGGAAUAUAAGAUAAUGAGACCAAUUGCAAGAUUUGCACAAUGGUUUGGGUUUUUCUUGCUAAUCAAAGUUCUAAUUGAAGAUUUUGUGGAAGGCAUAGAUGGGUUUUGGUCAUUAGAUAUGAGGGAGAGAGUUGUUAGAGAGAAAUUUGGAAGUGGGCUUGUUAUCAUCUCCAUGUUUCUACACUUUCAAGCUCUAUCAUCAUCAUCAUCAUCAUCAUCAGUCAAAGGCAAAACCACAGAAAAGAAUGAAGUGAAAGUUCCAAACUAUGUCCAAUAUGGAACGGCAGUCUUGGUGGCCAUCAGUUACGGGCUCUCUUUUGCUUUCUUUAUUUUCCAGAAGAGAGAAAUGAAGUUCUGAGUGAACAAGAGUCAAGAAGGUCUUCUUCUAGUUCUAUCAAUCAAUAGAAUGAAUAGAAGACACAAGAGACUAAGCCCUGCAGUCUUCCUGUAUAAUAUGUUUUGGACAAAACUUUUCAUGAUAAGAUGUUUUCAAAAUAUGGCCUGUGAAAUCAAUAGAUUCUCUCAUUCAGCAA